ACUUUAUUAAAAAAAAAAAAAGAAAAAAACGCUCUGAAUCCAAGGGUCCUAAUAAUUAAUAAGAGCCGCAGAUAACGUUGCAGAAAUUAUUAAUAACAUUUCAACUUUCAAUGAAGCAUGGUGGUAGGUAGGUAAAACUCAAAACCUCUAUAAUCCUCCCUCAAUCCAACCCAUUUCCCAUUUGAAAAUGGAGUCAUCAUCAUUGUCCACCACCACUAUAUUCAGUCUCUCAAAAACCCCAAAUCAAAUUCAUAUCCACCGGAAUCAGCUUCCACAACUCCAUGUCCGGCGAGCAAGACCUGAGUUUCGGUUAGCGUGUGUUUCGAGCUCGGCUGCUUCCGGUGGUGGUGGUGGGGGUGGAGGUGGUGGAGGUGGAGGUGGUGGUGGUGGUGAUGGAGGGGAAGUGAAGGUGGAUCCGAUUGUAGUUGGAGUUGAUGAUGAUUUGUCUGAUGUGAUUGUUUUGGAUGUUGGGGGUAUGACUUGUGGCGGGUGUUCUGGAAAAGUAAAAAGGAUUUUGGAGAGUCAACCACUUGUAUCAGCUGCAAGUGUAAAUCUUCAAACAAAGACGGCAAUUGUAUGGCCUGUACCUGAAGCCAAGGUUACACCAAACUGGCAAACAGUCUUAGGAGAAGAACUCGCAAAACAUUUGACAACUUGUGGAUUUAAUUCUAACCUAAGAGGUCAGUAUCUUCUCCAUUGUGAGGCUGCAACUGAAGGAGAGACCUCUUAAAACCUGCAAUGGAUUCUUCGGAGAUCAACCAUAAUCCUCUGUGGGCAAAAUUCUUGAACAAAUAAAGAACAAUCAAGCAGUAUGGGAAAAGCUACUUCAAGAACCACCAUCAAGCUUCAGAGACAAAGCUUUGGAUCACAUAAAAGAGCAAUCUCGAGCUGAUGACUUAGCCUUCUCUUUCCUGACAGAUGCUCUAAACACUGUGAAGGAGAAGAUGGAGUUCAGCUCUACUGAACGUGACAAAAUCUUUGCUUCAAGUAACUAAAUUUCUGUUUAAUCUUUUAUGGUUGUAGCUGUGUUUGACAAUAUACAACUAUUUUGUAUUUUGAAUAUAUGUUUUGAACAAAUCUUAUGCUUUAUUAUAAUUUAAAAUCGCAUGAA